CAGGCGAAACAACCUGUUUAUUUGUCCGAAAGUGUACGUCGAUGCGUCUUCUAUUUGUGGCGCUUGUUGUUCACACUUGUACACAAUGGCAAGUUAAUCAAAUUUUUUAAUGUGUUGAAAGUUUUCAUGUUCACCAUUUUUGAGUUUUGAUUUAAAACGCUUAACUACAAUGUACUAGCUAAAUAUCGGCAAGGCGGUCAAGGUCAAUUUAAAAAUGAGCGACUCGUCCGAUUGUACGACGUUCAGUCAAGAUGAAAGAAUCGAACAAUAUCUCAACCAAGUCAAAGAGAAUGAAUUACGUAUGAGGCAACUUCUGGAAGAAGAGCGCAAAAAAUACUUUGAAAAUUUGUCAAGACGUGUCAAUGAGGCCACAUUAGUCCCUGGAUUAAAAAUAAUAAAACUGAAUGAAUUGAAAAUAAAAUUUUGUAUUAUUCCUUCCGAAAUGACUGACUACGUGUCUAAAAAGGUUAAAUUUUAUAUAGUUUUAAAGUAUCUCUCCAGAUACAAAAAAUGGGUGAUAAAGAAAGACAGUUUACCAUUAAGUAAACAGAAAAAAGCAAUUUACAAAUCGGUCUAUGAUGAAGGAAAAUUUUGCGUAACCGAUAAGUAUGUUUUGGAUACAAUAUAUCAUAUUCAUGAAUUAAUGCAGAAUUGGGCAGAACAGGAAAAAGCUUUUCGGUUAAAUAAAUGGGAAAGGUACAAAACUGGUCAACUUGACUGGAGAUAUUUGGAUGCCGAUGAUGAAGAGAUAUUUUUAACUGAAGCUGAAAAGGAACAAUUAUACAAUAGAAAGAGACAAAUCCUUCGAAGAAUGUUGCCUUCUAACUAAGUAACCCCUACUUAAUAGUUAGUAAAAUAUUUAUAUGUAUAUAUAUAUUUAAAGUUAAUAAUAAUUGCAGUAUUAUGUUUAUUACAAAAAGGGCUUUUACAUAUA